AUGUUGCUGCAGCAUCAUGUCAGCAGACUGCUGUCUCAGCUGGACGAGACGGAGCGGGCCUUCGACGAGUUCUGGACGAGGCACCGGACCAAGAUGGAGCAGUGUCUGCAGCUGCGCCACUUUGAGCAGGACUACAAGGAGGUGAGGGCUCUGCUGGAGCAGGCGUCUGAGAAGCUGGCAGCCUUCUCCGAGGUCGGGAUCAGCCCCGCCCACGCCGACCACAUCCUCUACGAGCUCACCGCCUUCGAGGACAGAGUCUGUGAGGUCCUGGAGCGAGCCCUGGCCUUGUCCCGGGACGGGGACGCUCUCAUCCAGAACUCCCACUACGCCGAGGACUCCAUCCGGCCCAAAUGCAGCGAGCUCAGAUCCAUCAGCGAGGACUUCUGCAGCCGCCUGAAGGCCAAGAAGGACCACCUGCUGAAGGCCAUCGAGCUGCACCAGCGGCUGGAGAUGGCGUCCAAGUGGGUGGACGACGGCAUCUACCUCCUGGCGUCUCAGCCGGUGGACAAGUGUCAGUCGCACGAGGGGGCGGAGCUGGCCCUGCAGGAGCUGGAGCGUUACCUGGACAACGCAGGACACAAUAAACUGGUCGACCUCGACACCAUCUGGAAGGAGUACGAGGCGGUGCUGAACCAGAACUUCAGGGACCAAGUGGAGAAGGUCCACCAGAAACAGACGUCCAUGCAGGAGAUGUUUGACAAGAGGAGGGUGAGCCUGAAGAAGCUGGCGGCCAAACAAACCCGACCGGUGCAGCCAGUCGCCCCGAGACCCGAGGCCUUUAUCAAGUCCCCCCUCAGCUCCCCUGCGCACAGACUCCAUCAGGACAGAAACUGCUCCGACUCCGGCAACAGCUGUGAAAAAAACGGAGACGGCAGCAGCAGACAUGCAUCUCUGUCGGAGGAGGAGGAGAACCUGGCGGUGCUCCGGCGACACGUCAUGAACGAGCUGCUGGAGACGGAGCGAGCCUACGUGGAGGAGCUGCUCUGCGUGCUGCAGGGAUACGCCUCAGAAAUGGACAGCCCCGCCAUGUCCGCCCUCAUCCCUGCCCCUCUGCAGAACAAAAAGGAGGUUCUUUUCGGCAACAUGCCUGAGAUUUAUCACUUCCAUAAAAGGACUUUCCUGAGGGAGUUGGAGCAGUACACCGACUGUCCAGAGCUGGUGGGCCGGUGCUUCCUGGAGAGGAUGACAGACCUGCAGAUCUAUGAGAAGUACUGUCACAACAAACCUCGCUCCGAGAGCCUCUGGAGACAGUGCUCGGACUGCGCCUUCUUCCAGGAGUGUCAGAAGAAGCUGGAACAUAAGCUGGGCUUGGAUUCGUACCUGCUGAAGCCGGUUCAGAGGAUCACCAAAUACCAGCUGCUGCUGAAGGAGAUGCUGAAGUACAGCAAAGGCUGCGAGGGCACCGACGACCUGCAGGACGCUCUGACCUCCAUCCUGGGCAUCCUGAAGGCCGUCAACGACUCCAUGCACCUCAUCGCCAUCACGGGAUACGAGGGCAACAUGAGCGAGCUGGGGAAGCUGCUGAUGCAGGGCUCCUUCAGCGUCUGGACGGAGCACAAGAAAGGUCACGCCAAGGUCAAGGACCUGGCCCGCUUCAAGCCCAUGCAGAGGCACCUCUUCCUGCACGAGAAGGCGCUGCUCUUCUGCAAGAGGCGCGAGGAGAACGGCGAGGGCUACGAGAAGGCGCCGUCGUACAGCUUCAAGCAGUCGCUGAGCAUGAGCGCGGUCGGUAUCACCGAGAACGCAAAGGGCGACAACAAAAAGUUUGAAAUCUGGUGCAACUCCAGGGAAGAGGUCUACAUUGUCCAGGCACCGACGGCGGAGGUGAAGACCACGUGGGUGAAGGAGAUCAGGAAGGUCCUGACGACGCAGCUGCAGGCGUGCAGAGAAGCCAGCCAGCAGAGGGGGCCAGACCAGAUCUUCCAGUUCCCACCUGUGCCCAGCGGAGCCGUCAGUCUGAGUCCGUUCAAGACGAGUCAGAAGAGUUUGAAGAGGUCGGAGGAGAAGAAGGCGGAGCCCGGCAGCCCCGACGCCAACUCCUCCUCCUCUCCCAAGAUCUCAGGGAAAGACGAGGCUGUGACAAGCCCGACCUCAGACAGAGCGGCUGCGGCUAAAAAGCGCUUUACUUUACAGGGAUUCAGUAAUCUCAAAGCUCAGAAAGAGCCGUCGGCCGCGGAUGACAAGAGUUCCACGUUGCCCCUGAUGAUCUUCCCGUCGGCAGGAUCUCCCACCAGCCCGGACCGCAAGACGAAGCGGCAGAGCGACCCCACGCCGUUCGGCUUCAAAGAUGCAGCUCGUCCUCCGCUCCACCCGACCAGACCCCGGUGCUCCAGCACCUCCAGUCUCUUACAGACGAGGUGGAGAGGCUGGAACAAGCCGUCGCUGUCGCUAGACGCCUCCGAGGAGCACGAGGGCUACUCCAGUGCCGAGGAUCCCCUCAACUCGGACGCCGAGGAUGAAAACGCCAGGAAGCUGAGUGCUGGGAAAUACACGGUGAUGGGCGAGUACGAGAAGGGAGGAGCUCAGGAUCUGGCGGUGAAGACUGGAGACACGGUGAAGCUGGUGAAGGAGGGAGACGACGGGCAGUGGUUUGUCCGUAACCUGAGCAGCUCCAAGGAGGGCUGGAUCGCCGCUGCAAACCUCCUCACCCUCAUCGGGAAGUCCAAGUCCUGCCAGUCUCUCACCAGCUCAGAGGGCUCAGGGAACCUCAGCACGUCGUCCAGCUGCAGCGAGGCCUACACAGCCUUCCCCGACGUCAAACCCUGAACCCCCCAGCACUUCCUCGGCCACAGCACUGUCCCUCCCGAACCCGAGCAUCGUGUGAUCUUGCCAACAUCAGUCCUAAAAAGGAAUUUUGCACAGAAAAACUGUAUUUUUUCCUCCAUUAUUUGUCUUUAAUUCACAUGCACUGUAUUGUUCUGGUACGACGGCGUCUCUUAAGGAUCCUGCAGUUGUUGCCAUCACGAGGUGAAGAUACAGAACAAACAUCCACACUACAUCCUGUAUAGUAGCUUGAUAGUCACAAACAAGUGUAGUCUGCUUAUUUUUACGACGCAGUCUGCUUAUUUUUAUGAUCGGGUGAUAGAUGUGCGUAUGAAUGGGCCAGCGGGACUGAUCUCAAGUUAUGCAUCUAUUUAAAUUCACAAUCAAAUGGUAAAUCUCAUUGCGUUUAUGUGCACAAGAGCUGUCUUAACAUUCAGCUGCAUUCACUUUCCAUAAACAUUCAUAUUUCAACUGUUACUGUGAAUUUUAAAAAAGGGAGACGAUGGGUAUGUUUUUGUUUUUAUGUUUUGUAUUAGGGCCAUGCAGGAGAAAAAAUAUUUGAGAGGGGAAGAUUUGAGAUUCGAGAAAAAAGUUGAAAUGUCGAGAAAAAAGUUUAAAAAUUAAUUUAAAAAAAAAAGAAUUUAAAAUUAAUCUCGACAUUUCGACUUUUUUCUCAAAGUGCAUAAUGAAAAAAAAUCUUCCUCCUCUAAAAUAUUAUUUUUGUUUUUUUCCUGUCUGGCCCUAAUACAGGACUGUCUCAGAAAAUUAGAAUAUUGUGAUUUUCUGUAAUGCAAUUACAAAAACAAAAAUGUCAUACAUUCUGGAUUCAUUACAAAUCAACUGAAAUAUUGCAUGCCUUUUAUUAUUUUAAUAUUCCUGAUC